AUGACUCUCAAGGCGGCUGUUGCUGCCGCGAUUGCGACCCUGGUGGCUCGAAGAGUGACUGCCGCGCCGCUGCCCGAGUCUGACGUUGCCGCCAAGAUUGUGGGAGGAACUGUUGCUCCCAAUGGCGCAUUUCCAUUCAUCGUGUCUCUAUCAAGUGGAGGGCAGCAUUUCUGCGGCGGAUCGCUCCUAAAUGAGGAUUUCGUCCUCACGGCCAGUCAUUGUCUUGUUGACGCGCGCCCAAAUAUCCAAGUCCGUGCUGGAUCAAAUGAUCACACCACUGGCGGCACCGUCGUCAAGGGUUAUGAUCCGAGAAUACACCCUGGUUUUACCAAGGAACUACUUGAUCACGAUGUGGCCCUCUUGAGGUUAUCACCACCAAUCAAGAAGAGUGCAAACAUAGAGUUUGCCAAGAUGCCAGAAAAGAACUCCGACCCCCAGGAGGGUAUGAAAACGGUAGCUGGAUGGGGAACUUUGCAGGCGCAAUCACCUGCGUUUCACGUGGAUUUGAGACAAGUCAGCCUUCCUUUGAUACCCCGCGAGGAGUGCAGUCGGCGGCUCCAAGAUAUGCCUGGACCGAGAGUCACGGAAAACAUGAUUUGCGCAGGCCAAUUAGGCAAGGAUUCCUGUAGUGGAGAUAGCGGCGGGCCACUUAUUGAUGCUCAGACUGGAGUGCUUCAAGGUGUAGUCUCCUUUGGCUAUGGCUGUGCCGAUAGGAGGCUUCCUGGCGUUUAUGCUCGAGUGGACAACCAACUUGAUUUUAUUCAAAGCGUCAUGAACGGCCAGUCGCCCACUCAGCCCGGACCCCCGUCUCAACCGCCCGGCGGUAACCCUGGGAAUCCCCCGUCUCAAACCCCCGGCGGUAACCCUGGGAAUCCCCCGUCUGGACCCCCCGGCUCCAACCCUGGAAAUCCCGGUCCUCCAGGUGGCGGAUUCCCUCCAGGCGGCGGAUUCCCUCCAGGCGGCGGAUUCCCUCCAGGUGAUGGAAAGCCCCCCGGGCCCCCAGGUGAUGGAAAGCCCCCAGGUGAUGGAAAGCCCCCCGCUUCAAUGUUUGGAUGGAGCAGGACUCGGAUGUUGUCCAUUUCAGCUAUGGAAGCCCGUGCAGAAUCUUGCAUUCGGGGGGCUAUAUCGAAGUUUGACUACAAUUGA